AUGGGUGGUCAACCACCUUUACAACAACAACAACAACAACAACAACAGAAUUUUCAAUCCGCUCCUCCAGCGGCGAUGGGAGGAGGUAUAUCGCAAGGAAGCAGCAGAUACCCAAACCCAACGCCGCAAACAACGACGCAACAAGGGUAUCAACAAACACCGCAACAGCAAGAGAAUGUUGGUGGUGUUGGUGCGAGGACGUAUCCGCAGUAUCCCGGGACAACGAGCAGCGCUCCGCAACAACAACAACCGCAGUACGGAGGAGGACAACCGCAACAACAGCAGCAACAUUAUCAGCAAGGGAUGCCGAGUAGCGGGUAUAAUCCUCCACAAGCACCGCACAGCUUAAAUCAAGGGUUUCAGCGGUACGGUCCGCAGCCAACACCACAGUCUGCGGCUUCUAAAAUCGAUCCUUCGCAGAUUCCGAGACCGCGGCACGACUCGCACGCGGAUCGAACUAUUUUUGAUACUAGAAACCCACAAACGGGUGCUCCGAUGCACCCACCAGGAGCGACUUCGAAUUUUAUGGCGAGAGAUGUUGGGAACGCGAAUCCAAGGUUCAUUCGAUCGACCACGAGCACGAUUCCGAAUCAAUCUGAUUUGUUACAAACGUCCGGGAUGCCGUUGGCGGUGUUUGUCAAUCCUUUGGCGACUUUAAAAAACGACGAGGUGCAAGUUCCGAUCGUAGAUAACGGAGGAAUGGGUCCGGUGAGAUGUUUGCGAUGUAAAGCGUACGUGAACCCAGGAAUGCGAUGGGUGGAUCAUUUCCGAUUUGCGUGCAAUUUUUGCGCUCACUUGAGUGAGUGUCCUCGCGAAUACGCGUGCGCUUUAGGAUCUGACGGGAAAAGGCAAGAUUGGAUGCAACGUCCAGAGUUAUGCCGUGGAAGCGUAGAAUAUAUGGCUCCAGAAGAGUACAUGGUUCGAGCGCCAAUGCGACCAAGCUACUUCUUUGUUAUCGAUGCGAGUCCGUCGGCGGUCCAAAGCGGCGUGACGGUAUCGGCGUGUGAAGUCAUCUCUAGAACUUUGGAUAACAUUCAAGGCGGCGACACCGCGAGCGUGGGGAUUGCGACGUUCGAUGGUACCGUGCACUUUUACGCCAUUCGCGGAGACGAUGAGAACAACAACGCAAGCAACGAAAAUCAGGAGAAUGAAAAGCCGACGACGUCAAACGGCGCGACAAAAACGCCGAAAAUGCUCAUCGUUCCAGACGUGGACGAUCCCUAUGCGCCUCUGCCGAAAGAUCUACUCGUGAAUUUGAACAAGAACAAAGAAACACUUAAGACUUUAUUGAAACAAAUUCCAGAGAUGUUUGCGAAUUCGCGUCCAUCGGCGGUAGCGAGCGGCGCGGCUAUCAAAUCUGCCAUCGACGCUUUGAAGUAUAAGGGAGGGAAAGUUAUGCUCUUUCUCGGAUCGAUGUGUUCGGGUGGAUGGGGAAAACUGGAAGUGCGUACGCACUCUGGAAAUGUAGAAAAAGAACCUCUGAAAAUUAUGAAACCGGCGGAGAAAUGCUAUCAAGAUUGCGCAACGGAAGCUGCAGAAUAUCAAAUCGGCAUCGACAUUUUCGUGUGCGGUUCGCAACCUGUAGAUUUGGCAACUUUAGGCGUUUUGACGAGAACAACUGGUGGCACAUUGUAUAGAUACCCGAACUUUAACGUGCAGUUAGAUUUUGCGCAGUUGCUGAACGAUGUGCGAUGGAACUUUUUGCGACCACAAGGCAUGGAAGCGGUGAUGCGGGUUAGAGCUUCUCAAGGUUUAGGCGUCGCCGAAUACGGCGGAUAUUUCUGCAAACGCACGCCGACGGAUGUUGAUUUGCCAGUUUUGGAUGGGGAGAAAUCAAUCAUGGUCAACUUAAGAUACGAAGACAAGUUAGUAGACGGAGCGGAAGCGUACGUACAGUGCGCCUUGUUGUAUACGACGAUGACUGGAGAGCGCAGAAUUCGUGUCCAUACGCUCGCGUUACCGGUGACAUCUGUUCUCGGCACGUUAUUUAGAAACGCAGACUUAGAUGCGCAAACUUGCUUCAUGGUUCGGAAAGCUGCGAAUACACUUUUGGGUGGGAAACACACGAUUGCAGCCGCAAAAGAUGCCGCUUUGGCGCAAUGCGUGUCUUCCCUUUACGCUUAUCGUAAAUACUGCGCCUCCAACAACGCCUCCGGGCAACUCAUUUUACCUGAAGCGUUGAAGACUUUACCACUGUACACAAUUGGCAUGUACAAAUCGAACGGCUUGCGAUCAGAAGCUUCGGCGGACGAUCGCGCGAACUGGCUUUUUAGGAUGCUAAAGAGCGAUCCGUCUGAAACGACGCCUUCGGUAUAUCCGCGACUGUUUCCGUUGCACUUCAUCUUAGAGGACGAUGGAUUCCAAGCGAACCAAAAGCAGAGGCACGACGAUGGUGACCAGGCGGCGAGCAUUACCGAUUCCUUUCCGCCAUUUCCACCGUGUCAAUGGCUCUCCGCUGAAAAACUCGACGGCGAUGGCUUAUACCUUCUCGAAGACGGCGGCGAGAUGCUCGUUUGGGUCGGACGAAACUACCCGCAAGACCGGUUAAAAGAAGUCUUUGGUGUAGACACCGUAGACCAACUCGACGCUCGACGAUCCAUGCUUCCGCCAAACUUACCAAACGAAAGAAAUAAACGCAUGAACGCCUUCAUCAACUCCAUGCGUAAAGCUCGAUCUGGAUAUUUGCGCAUGCGCAUCUUGAAGCGAAACGACGCCAUGGAGACGUUGUUUUAUAACCGCUUAAUCGAAGAUAGAAGCGUUGCGGGAAUGUCUUACGUAGAGUUUCUCUGUCACGUUCACAGAUUGAUUCAAAACAAGUUCACUUAG